AGAAGAGAAUGGGGAAAGGUUUGAGAAAGAAGAUGUAGAAACUAAAAUCAAAAUCGAAGAGGAUGAAUGCAGUGUAGACAGAUCAGAACAUGGAUCACAGGGGUGACAUUUCUGCCUCGUAUCCCACUCCCUUCAACUUUCCUUCGUUUGUCUCAAAUCUCAGGUUACCUUUCCUACCUUUCUUUUCUGGUUUCGACUCGUCAUUCCUACACAGACCUUUAACACGAAGUAGAAAAAAAAUAAGAACCACUUUUUCAGGUCGGCAAAUAUUUAGCUUAGAGAAAACGUUUGAAAACCAGAAAUAUCUGAGUUCAGGAGAACGAGCUGACCUCGCAACGAGGCUUGAGGUCACUGAACAGCAGGUUAAGAUUUGGUUCCAGAACCGUAGAACAAAGUGGAAGAAGGAAUGUAGCCAAUAUAAUCCGCCCAGCAGAAGAGAAAUAAUAAAAUAUGAAUUUCCCCCGAGACGAACAAGUUCAAACAGUCCUCCAUCCUUGAUUUCUUCUCCGACUUCUCAACCAACCUUGAAAACUAGUUCUGAAUCUACCCUGAGAACUCUUCCUACUUCUCAGCCAACCCUGAGAGGGUUUCCUGGUUCUCCGCAUACCCUGAUAACCCCUAACAGGUUCAACCACUCCGUCCUUCCAGAUCCAAGUUCAUUUCUCGACUCAAGCUCGGAGUCGAUAAUCCUAGAUCCUGAUUCAAGAUUAAAAUCUUCCUCCUUUUCCAUUCAGCAGACAGAUUCUACUGCUAGGAAAGACCCAACCUUGCCAAACCCAAGAAGUAAAUAUUCAAUAGAACCUAUGUCUAGAGUUAUUUUCCCAAAUGAUUCAGCACCCAGAGAUAACCCUGAAUCAGGUCCAAAUAGUUCCGAAUCUAUCCGUCCUGGUUUUCCAACCCUGGCUUCUAUAAGAUCCUUAUCCAACCCUACUACCGGAGCUCUAAUAUUCUCUCCGACCCAACCCAACCUAAUGACUGUAUGUAACACCUACCCAGGAGCUGGGACAACCUCAAACCCGGAGUUCAACAACUUCCAAGGGUUCCUAUCCUCUAACCCGUUUUCCGUCUCCGGCACAUCAUUUUUCCCAGGUUACUGUGAUGAGAAACUGGAAUUGGAUGUUUGAAACUAUUUUUCUUCCAUUGUUUUCAACAAUUUUCUUUUUUUCAUUUCCUUCCCGUUAGUUCUUAAAAUACCUUCUCCAUCCAUCCUUUCCCUUUUUUAUAUUCCCUCUAUUCAUCUCUUUUCCUUUCCCUUCUAUACUUUACAUGUCUUCUCUUCGUGUUUAUAUCCAUCCUUCCUUUCUUUUCAUUUACUUCUUUCAAACCCUGCAAUUUCCUUUCCCUUUUUCCUAAUAGACCUUCUCUGUUUAACCUUCCAUUUUUCUUUCUUCCAUCUUUCUCUUUUUCUUUAGCCUUCUAUUUCUUUUAUUUUUAUUUUAUUUUCCUUCUUUCUGCUUUCCACACACUAUGUUCUCCUUUCAUCCUUUCCACACAGCUUGUACUCAUUUCAUUCUUUCCACACAGCUUGUUCUCCUUUCAUCCUUUCCACACAGCUUGUUCUCCUUUCAUCCUUUCCACACAGCUUGUUCUACUGUCCAUGCAUACUUUACUUUCUAUUAAAAUAUUUUCUUUAUUUGCUUUCUUUAUUGAUCCUCAUAGUCUAAUUCUCUUUAUAUACAGUUGUAUCCCUUAUGUCUUUAUAGUAAUAAAAUCUCUUCAUCUUUUAUAUUUAGAUUGUUUAUUUGUUUUAAACUUGAUAGACCAAUGUUGAUCAAUUAU